AUGUCCGACACCUACAAGCUCAUCGACGUUCCCGGUGGCGUGCUCUGGGAGGUCAACUGCAAGAAGUACCCCAAGAGGAACGAGAACUUCGAGCUCGCUGGCGCCAACCCCUCUGCAGAGGAAGGUGAGGACCAGGGCGGCGAUGACGGCCCCACCGUCAUGGUCCACGACAUCGAAGAGGCCUUCCAGCUUCAGUGGUUAAAUGUCGACGAAAGCGGCAACGAGACGAAGCCCUCCAAGGACAACUUCAAAUCCCACCUCAAGAGCUAUGUCCGACGGGUCAACGAAAAACUGAAGGAGAAGGGCGCCAGCGCCGAGGAGAUCAAAGAGUUCCAGACUGGUGCCGCUGCUGCCGUCAAGAAGAUCUUGGGCAACUACGACAAUUAUGAUGUCCUCAUGGGCGCUUCGAUGGACCCCAACGGAAUGCACGUGCUCAUUGACUUCCGUGACGAUGGCAUCACCCCCUAUGCCACCAUCUGGAAACACGGUCUGGAGGAGAUGAAGGUGUAA